CGGCGAGGAGCGGAGCCUUCAACCUCCCUAGCCGCGGCAGGACGGGGGCGGCCGCUGCGGGCCCGGGGCGGGGACAGCACGCAGCCUCGCGGCGCGCACCCCCGCCCGGCAACGGCCACGACACCCGAGGCGAGCGGGAAAGCGGCGGCGGCGGCGGGGGAAGGAUGCAGGGAAAGAAGCCGGGCGGCUCGUCGGGCGGCGGCCGGAGCGGCGAGCUGCAGGGGGACGAGGCUCAGAGGAACAAGAAGAAGAAAAAGAAGGUGUCCUGCUUCUCCAACAUCAAGAUCUUCCUGGUGUCCGAGUGCGCCUUGAUGCUGGCGCAGGGCACGGUGGGCGCCUACCUGGUGAGCGUGUUGACCACCCUGGAACGCAGGUUCAACCUUCAGAGUGCCGACGUGGGCGUGAUCGCCAGCAGCUUCGAGAUUGGGAACCUGGCUCUGAUUCUCUUUGUGAGCUACUUCGGAGCACGUGGGCACCGGCCGCGCCUCAUCGGCUGUGGUGGAAUCGUCAUGGCCUUGGGUGCACUACUCUCAGCACUGCCCGAGUUCCUCACCCACCAGUACAAGUAUGAGGCUGGCGAGAUCCACUGGGGAGCAGAAGGCCGGGAUGUCUGCGCCACCAACGGUUCCAGCAGUGAUGAGGGGCCUGACCCUGACCUUAUCUGCCGUAACCGGACAGCUACCAACAUGAUGUACUUGCUGCUCAUUGGGGCUCAGGUGCUCCUGGGCAUCGGUGCUACCCCCGUGCAGCCCCUGGGGGUCUCCUACAUUGACGACCACGUACGGAGAAAGGACUCUUCGCUCUACAUAGGAAUCCUGUUCACGAUGUUGGUAUUUGGACCAGCCUGUGGGUUUAUUCUGGGCUCAUUCUGUACCAAAAUCUACGUGGAUGCUGUCUUCAUUGACACAAGUAACCUGGACAUCACUCCUGAUGACCCGCGCUGGAUCGGAGCCUGGUGGGCCGGCUUUCUGCUCUGCGGUGCCUUGCUCUUCUUCUCGUCCCUCUUGAUGUUUGGGUUCCCACAAUCCCUGCCCCCACACUCAGAUCCCGGCAUGGAGAGUGAGCAGGCUAUGCUCCCGGAAAGAGAAUAUGAGAGGCCCAAGCCCAGCAAUGGGGUCCUGAGACACCCUCUGGAGCCAGACAGCAGUGCCUCCUGUUUCCAGCAGCUAAAAGUGAUCCCCAAGGUCACCAAGCAUCUGCUCUCGAACCCUGUGUUCACCUGCAUUGUCCUGGCUGCUUGCAUGGAGAUCGCUGUGGUGGCAGGCUUUGCUGCCUUCCUGGGCAAGUACCUGGAACAGCAAUUUAACCUCACCACUUCCUCUGCCAACCAGCUGCUCGGGAUGACGGCAAUCCCCUGUGCCUGCCUGGGCAUCUUCCUGGGAGGCCUUUUGGUGAAGAAGCUGAGCCUGUCUGCCCUGGGGGCCAUUCGCAUGGCCAUGAUGGUCAACCUGGUGUCCACAGCCUGCUACGUCUCUUUCCUCUUCCUGGGCUGUGACACGGGCCCUGUGGCUGGGGUCACUGUUCCCUAUGGAAACAACUCAGCACGUGGCUCGGCCCUGGACCCCUACUCUCAGUGCAACAACAACUGUGAAUGUCAGACCGAUUCCUUCACUCCAGUGUGUGGGGCGGAUGGCGUCACCUACCUGUCAGCCUGCUUUGCUGGCUGCAAUAGCACGAACUUCACAGGCUGUGCAUGCCUCACCACUGUUCCCCCUGAGAACGCCACUGUGGUUCCGGGAAAAUGUCCCAGUCCUGGGUGCCAAGAGGCCUUCCUAACCUUCCUCUGUGUGAUGUGUGUGUGCAGCUUGAUUGGAGCCAUGGCCCAAACGCCCUCUGUCAUCAUCCUCAUCAGGACAGUCAGCCCUGAACUCAAGUCUUACGCGCUGGGAGUUCUUUUUCUCCUCCUUCGUUUGUUGGGUUUCAUCCCCCCACCUCUCAUCUUUGGGGCCGGCAUCGACUCCACCUGUCUGUUCUGGAGCACCUUCUGUGGGGAGCAAGGCGCCUGCGUCCUCUACGACAACGUGGUCUACAGAUACCUGUACGUCAGCAUCGCCAUUGCGCUCAAGUCCUUUGCCUUCAUCCUCUACACCACCACGUGGCAGUGCCUGCGGAAAAACUAUAAACGCUACAUCAAAAACCACGAGGGCGGGCUGAGCACCAGUGACCGAGCCAGUCAGGAUUCAGAAUAAAGAGAGAAUGGGAUGGCCCUGGAGGACAUGCACACUGCUGGGCUCAGAAUCUGCUUGGAAGGCACCUCAUGGUUUUCACGAUGCCGACAGCUACAAGCAACAGGCACUGCCAAAUUCAGGGAACACUUGUGGCCAGCUUGGAGGACGGACGUUUCUGGAUAUGUAUACACAUACAAAACUUAAAAAGCAUUAAAAAAAAAUGAGUCUACUAAAAUCACAUGUUCAAGUUGAAAACAUUGCCAGAUUAAGCACUAGAGACACACUCUCCCUCCAACGGGGUGGGAGAGGUGCAGGUUGGAGGGGUGGAAGCCCCGCUCCUCUCUCUAACUUUUGCAAUAUGGGUCACUGUGUAGACCACUCACCCAGUCUAUGUGUGGUUCAAAAGUCCCCAGAGUUCGCUCAGAGAUGCUGAUGGGUGAUCCGGACUAGUCUGUGGUUGGCAUCUCUCACCAGCUCCAUUUCCAUGUUCAAGACUGAGGGCCCAAGGGGGAGCUGGGUGGAGGGCAUGCAGCUCCCCAUCUCCUAGCACCUCCUCCCUAUCAGCCCCACAGUGUGACCUCAGGAAGCUGUGGGCCUCACCAGGCUAUGACUGACCCGCUCAGAGCCGGUGAGCCCCAAUAUAGCCCAAGUCAUUUGCUCACAUUUGCCAAACAUUUUGCCAUUUUUUUCAGAAACAACAAAAAAUACGUGUACGAAUUUCCAACUGUUGUAUGUAUAAUUCUCUAAUACUAUUUUUAACUACUUCUAGAAUCUGUGUUAAUCCUUCAGUCACUAACAAAGCUUUUCCUUUUCUCCUUUUUUAAUGCACCAAAAAUAUAGGGAUUCAAGGGAUGCACUCAAUCUAUUGUAAUUUUUAUCCUCAUCUUGAUACCGUGCAAAAAAUUGCACAAUGUGUUAUAAGAAAAAGAUACUCCAGGAAGAGUGGAAAUGUAGCUUUAAAAUAAUCACAUUUGAGAUAACAGGCUAGUGCGACAAGUUACAAAUCUGCCUUCUGGCUUCAAUCCCCAUGGUGAUGGCACUGUCAUGGGAAGCCCUUUUAUACCCAUGCUUCAUGUUCCAGUGGGCAUUUCUGUUAGCCUGUGAAGGAGGCUCACUCAGAUGUGUACUGAUGUGGGUGGGAGCCAUGUUCCUGGGGAAGAGAGAGAGAAAGUGUGGUUCUUACCCACAGCUGUUGAGUGGCCUUUGAUAUCUGUGACCAUACACCUACAAGUUCACAUAUCCAGGGCAUGAAAAUGUUAGUGACAGGUCCCAGGUCAGUCCUAAACUCUGUGUAUUGAAAUUGGCUGAAGCUCCGAGAACAGCCCUGUCAUUUGGGUAAGAGCCCUGUGUGGGGAAACUCUCGCACCAGCACACUUAAGACAAUAUGGCCACUCUCACCCGAGGCUGGAUCAGACAGGGGCACCUACAUGCAUAGCAAAGGGCUCAGUCAGCUCACCCGUCAUGUCUCUUCUUUGACCUUUGUUGAAGGCAUAUCCUAAAAUAGACCACAAAGUUUGCUCGGCUUUCUUUUCCACUUUAAACAUCCCUACUUACAGUUCACCUGAAGCAAUGAAAGAAUAAGGCCAGAAGAGUAAAGGUGGGGAUGCCCUGCCAAAUUUUUGGCAGAUAGUGUAAAUGCGGGGGAGGUCUGGGUAGUAGCCCCCAAAAUACAGGAGACACCAAGCAAAGACAACCAAGAAAGUGCUGCUUGGCAGUGUGGCUGUGAUCAGCUGCCUCAUUCAGGGUGCUUCUAAGAAAGACCUUCCAUCUAUCUAGGCUAAGGACAGGCCUAGCAUUAGCCUAUCCUUGUUUGGAAGCAUGGGGGGCUCAUCAAUAUCAUAACUAGAAAAGGGUGAACAGUUCUCCAGCCAGUUCAUAAAGUGAAGUUUUGUAGCUCUGAAGGCUUUGGUCCCAUUCCGAACAGGUUUUGGUUCAGUCUUGUUUUGGAAAUGAAUGGCUAAUGGGUUACUGCCCUCUCUUGACUGUUGUAUAUCUUUCCAAACUGAGGCCCUGGGAUGUAUACUUUGUUUCAUGAGACAAAUUGCUUUUUGGAAAAAAAAAAUAAUAAUUUUUAAGCUCUUUGUAUCUUGGAUUUUUUUUUCCCCUAAAAUGUUCUUAAGGAUAACAAUGGAACCCAACUCCAGGGCUCACUUUUAUCAACAGUUAUUUAUAAAUUGAAACUCUCCCU